AUGGAAAACUUAUCAAAAAUUACAAGUAACUAGCAAGUUGAUAACAUGGUACUAAAAAGCUCAGUUGUAGCCCCAAUCAUUUAUAGAAAUAGACCAAUAAUUGCUUGCCUUUGUGGAAGAUUUUUUGGAUUAUGGAAUAGAUUUAACUUUAUAAUCAAAGAUAGAGAUCAGACAAUGCAUUUCAAAUCAUAAUCAAUUGAUGUUUAGGUUCAUGACAUGAUAGCUACCAUCAACAUAUCAUAAGUGUUCCUUAACGAAUUAUAAGAAGCAGUCGAGGCAACUUACGAAUUUCCCACUGACCCAGAUGUUGUAGUUUCACGUCUGGUCAUUGAAAUGGAUGAUAGAGUAAUCGAGGGCAAGAUCAUAGAAAAAGAGAAGGCCUAGGAAAAAUACGAUGACGCCAUUGCUGGUGGUAACGCGGCAGUCCUAGUUAAAGAGAAAGAUUAAAAUAAAGAUCUGCUUCAAAUGACCAUUGGUGGAAUCAACUCUCAAUAAGAGGUCAAAGUGAAUAUUUAGAUGAUCAAGCAUUUAUAAAUAGAGGCAGGGGCCUAUUGCUUGAGGAUUCCAACUUCAUAUUUUAUCAAGAGUUACAAUGAUAUAAAAUUAGUACAAGACUUUACUGCAAACAAAGCUAAAUUCUCAACUAAAUACUCUUUCACAAUCAAUGUCGAGACAUCUAACCCUAUAAAAUAUCUAAGUAUUCCUAGUCACUCAGAUAUAGUGAAAAAAUCAGAGAAUUCUAGCAUGUCUUAUACCAUUUCAUAACUUGACGGUAGCCCAAAACUUUUGAAGAAGGAUAUAGUAGUUUAUUUUAGGACUAGCAAAAUGGAUCACCCAACUCUUAUAGCUUAAGUUCAUCCUGAAAGAAAGGAUGAGAUUGCUUGUCUAAUGUCAAUAGUUCCCACCUUCAUACCUCCUCAAUCAUAGGAAGAAACUGAAAUAGUUGUUGAUAAAAGGCCUGAUGAAGUAGACAUCUCUUUUCCUAAGUCUGAUGAAAACCGAAUGGUAUUCAUAUUUAUAGUUGACAGAAGUGGCUCUAUGAUAGGAAAUAAGAUGGAAAUGACAUUAAAAGCUUUGAGAUUAUUUAUAAAAAGUCUUCCUCCAAAUGCAAGAUUCGAAAUAAUCAGCUUUGGCACAAAAUAUUAUGGUAUUAGCAAAGAUAGAUAAGGAUUUAUAAACAAUGAUGAUAACUUCAAUAAAAUAAACGUGGCUAUAGCUAAAAUGUCUGCUGACCUUGGGGGAACAAAUAUACAUGAUCCCCUUGAAUAUGCUAUUACAAAACUAUUUGUCAAAGUUACACCUAAUUAAAUUGAGGAAUAGAAAAUAAGAGAUAUACAUACUUUGAUGAAAUCGCCUAUUGAGCCCAUAGACUAAGAAUUAAUAAGAAAAAUAUUCUUACUCACUGAUGGAGCUGUAAAUGAUCCUGCUGCUGUCCUAAAUUUGGCGAGUUAAAAUUAACAGAACACUUAGAUUCACACAUUCGGAAUAGGGAAUGAUUGUAGUAAAUAUCUUGUCAAGCAACUCGCUAGAGCUGGCAGAGGUUCAUAUUCUUUUGUUGAAGAAGGUGAUAAUCUCAAUGCAAAGAUUUGA